AUGUUUGUUUUAUUUUUAAGUUUUGCUCUACUGAGAAUAUCUGUCAGUUUACCUACAGAAAAAAAUGUUCCUAUAAAAGCUCAACUUCAAAGAUCACUAUCACACGUCAACGACAUGCUCGCCGACAUCGAAGGCAAAAUAGAUAAAGAACGAAGGCUUCUGUCACAAGUUGAUUUAGACUUGAAUAACAAAAGAACAGAUUACAUGGACUACACAGUCACAGACAUUUGGUGGGAUGACUCCCAUCUACCCGAAAUGACGACUGUGACUGAAGAGUCUACAACACCCACUUUAUUAGGUGAAACUACAGAAACCACAAUGGCUACCCACCCACCAAACUGGCCAUUCCCAAAGGAUUAUGGUGCGGCGGAUACUACACAACAAGAAAGCUUGAUCCAACAUGAUCUGAAGAGUAGUAUGGCGGUAGACGGCCUUGGCUACGGCAGUGCUUCCGUAUCCAAAUUCCUGGAGUUAAUUAUGAAGAAAGAUUUUCUAACCGCAACCGAUUUGUAUGGUACUCUCAUAGCUGGCAUAGACAGACGAAUCGACGAAGGAAAGCUUGCAAGUGUGGGACAGGAUGUUUUGGCAGCAGCAAGACAGUCACUAGUCAUGAUACAAGCUUUUGGCAUAAAUAGUCCAACCGCAAUAGGAGCAAUAAGUUCGACCCAAUUAAUACUUAAAAACAAAAAUAUACCAAUUGAUCCCAAAAUUAGAGAAGCCAUUGGUAUUUAUGACAACAUGUUUACGAAACAAGAAGGAGAGAAACUUUUUGAAACGCUCGAAGUAUUCGAGCGUUAUCCUGAGGAAGGAAAAACUUCGAAAGACGUAUGCGAACCGAUGUUAAAUGCUUUCCUAGCUCCGUAUAAAAGGAUGGAGGGUACAUGGGAACACAAAAAAUUUGUUCGUCUUAUUACCCAAGCUACUUAUAAUGCAUUGCGUAUGGGUUCCAACUCAACUGACAGACCAGAAAGAAGGAGUAUGAACUACAAGAAAAUUGUCCAACACCUAUUACAUAAACAUCCCAGAAUACUAAAGAAAUUAAAUCAACAUCAUAAAGAAAGGAUAAGAAGACAUCGUCAGGAUUCACGAGACUAUCCCGACUAUGAUGAAACCAGGUCAAAAAAAUAUUCAAGUCAUCGUUUUAAACAAAGAGCACUUUCAGUUAGUAGCAAUGAACCCAACCGUAAUAGUAUGGAGAGCGCAUUUUAUCAUGAACAUCAUGUCAAUGAUGUAUCUUCUAUUAGAAAAAAGGUUAUGCAUCAAAUCAAAAAACGAAACCGAAUGAAAAGACGCAAGCAUCGUCGUGAGCGACGCAAGCAUAGAAGACAUAGGAAACGGAAACAAAGACAUCAUCAUUCUAUGACAAGCCUUAGUACUACUCCCACCGUCGCUAAUGUUACUACUUCUUCUACUACUCCCACUACUAAAACUACUGCAACUGCCGCUGCCAAAAAACUUGUUUCCGGUCUUAGUCCGGAAUAUUUGAAACAACUUGCAAUAAGCUAUUUUAGAAAGAAGCAAGAGACUCAAAACUUUAGGAGAUUCAACAUACCAUCUUCCGAUGAAGAAAUGUACGAUAUGUCUGGUUACUCCAGUAAUUCUACAGAACAUAAUAAUUUGCUUCAAAAGAUAAGAGAAGAUACAAGUUACAGUGAUGAAGAAGACCAUUUGAGGAACAAUCUGUAUGAUGCAUUGAGGCAUGAUAACAGAACACUAGUUAAAUUUAGAGCCAUACACGAGGAGGAUGACAUGAACGAUACUGUCAGGGAUAUAAGCAAAGAAACUGACAACGAAUGGAUAUUGAAGAACAAUAUUUAUAAAGUUUUCGAGAAAAAAAAUCAAGUAUACCGAAAAUGA